CCCUUGGCCCGGCCGCGCCGGGAAGAGGCUAAAGAGGGCGGCGUGUGGGCAUCGCCUCAGGCCUCCGCCCGGACCGGAGGGAUGUUCCCUGCUCAGGAGGAGGCCGACAGGACGGUGUUUGUGGGGAAUUUAGAGGCCCGAGUGCGGGAAGAAAUCCUUUACGAGCUGUUCCUUCAGGCUGGGCCAUUAACCAAAGUGACUAUAUGCAAAGACAGAGAAGGAAAGCCGAAGUCCUUUGGAUUUGUCUGCUUUAAACACCCAGAAUCAGUGUCUUAUGCCAUAGCUUUGCUGAAUGGAAUUCGUUUAUAUGGAAGACCGAUUAAUGUGCAGUAUCGAUUUGGGAGUUCUCGCUCUUCUGAACCAACUAAUCAAAGUUUUGAGAGCUGUGUUAAGAUCAAUUCACACAGCUACAGAAAUGAAGAAGCCAUGGGCCGUUCUUUCUUUCCCAUGCAGUUCUUUCCAACUAAUAAUGCAGCUUUACCUCAAGAAUAUUUUUUCUUUCAGAAGAUGCAGUGGCAUGCAUGUAAUCCAGCGCUGCAGCUUCCUUACUGUGAGAUGACAGCACCACUUCCUAAGAACACAGCUAUGCCUCCUUCACUAAACCAUGUUCCACAUCUAGAGGCUGGACCCAGCUCAUAUGAAUGGACUCACCAACAACCACAUGAUCCUGACCUUUACCAAAUUAAUAAACGAAAGAGGCAAAAACAAACUAGUGAUAGUGAUAGUAGCACAGAAAACAUUAGAGAAAGUGAAUAUAGCAAAAAGUUCCGAAAGUGUAAGAAGAAGAAAAGAUAUUAGUAUUACCUUCAAAUUAAUUUAUCUACACUGGUCUUGAUGCUUUUAAAAGGAAAAAGACAAAAACAAAAAAAAAAAGCCUGUAUUCUACCAAGUGACAAAUGUUAUGGCUUUCUUAUAUUCUUAGAUAUGUAUAACUAGUGGCCCAGUGCAUGAAAUUCGUGCACGGCGGGGGAAUGUCUCAUAGCCCAGCCUCCAAUCUAGAACCCCUCAGGCCUAAACCGGCAGUCGAACAUCCCUCUUGCAAUCUGGGACUGCUGGCUCUUAACCACUCACCUACCUACCUGCCUGAUCGCCCCUAACCACUCUGCUGGCCUGCUCACCCCCAACUGCCCCCCACCCCCACUGGCCUGAUUGCCCCCAACUGCCCUCCCCUGCCGGCCUUAUGGCCCCCAACUGCCCUCCCCUACCAGCCUCAUGUCCCCAACUGCCCUCCCCGGCUGGCCUCAUGGCCCCCAACUGCCCCCCCUGCUGGCCUGAUUGACCCCAGCUGCCCCCCUUGCCGGCCUGCUUGCACCCAACUUCCCCCCCCCGCCAGCCUGUUCACCCCCAGCUGGUCCCCCUGCCAGCCUGUUCACCCCCAACUGCCCCCCACCACCAGCCUGAUAACCCCCAACUGCCCUCCCCUCCUGGCCUGGUCACUCCUAACCACCACUGCCUCGGCCCCGCCACCAUGGGUUUGUCUGGAAGGAUGUCCGGAAGGUCUCCUGGUCUAAUUAGCAUAUUACCCUUUUAUUAGUAUGGAUAAUAUGGCAUCUGAUUUGCUAUUGAAAUUUUGUUUUCAAUUACAAAAAUUUAAAGAUAAUAUACUACUUGCUUUGGUAAUGGUAUUGCUAACACAUUGUCAACAAGAAAUAUACUUUUGAGUGAUAUAUUUUAAUAGUGAUAAUGAAAUUUCACUAAAUGUCAAUCAAAAGCCACUUAUGGAUAAGGCACCAUGCUUUCCUAGAGUGUUGCCUAUAUGGAAUGGUAGAUUUUUCUGAGUGAAACUAGUACACAUAUUUAAGAGUUACAUGUUGUUGUUCCUAACAAAAAUGGAAUAAGCAAGCUUUAGUUUCCUUUGCUAAUACCAUUUUUUUUAUUUGUCAGUAUAACAUUUCUCAGCCUUAUGCUCCUGCAGGUUUACUGUAUUUCAUAAAAUGAGGAUAUAUGGCAGUGAUACCUAAGGAAAAGUGAUUAAUAUGGAGCUAUUUUUUGCAUCAUUCCCUUUUUAUACAGCUGUAUAUAAAUAUGAACAUCUGCCUCUUCUCACAUUAUAUUUCAUGAAAAUGAGUUGGCUAUGUCUGAAUUUAUCAUCAACUUCUUUUACCAACUGGGUUUAAGAGGGUAUAUUUAACAAGUAAAUCUUGAUAAUAAUAGACUAUUUCAUUAAUGUAUGAUAUUUAAUAUUUAUUUUCAAAUCAAGUUCUCUAUUUCUGGCUUGUUUAUUUAACGUAAAAUUAAUGGUUUAUUUGGACAUUUUUUUUCACGUUUUUGCUCACCAUAAACUAAAACAAUGAAAAUAUUUAUUUAUUAAAGCUAAUUGAAAGAAUCAUUGGGAGGUCCCCACCCAUUUCAGUAGGAAAAGCCAUGCUUGGAUAAUUCUUUUUCAUGUUGAAUAGUAUUUUAUAGAUCUUUAUUAUUUAAAAUAAUAAAGAUGUUUUUAGCAAAGUGAGUAACUGAAUUUAACUUUUAGUUAUAAGUAUACACUGCCUUAUAUUAGGCUUGUUUUAAAUCUGAAUAGUAGUCUAUUUCCAUCUGGUCCACAUGAAAAACUAAAUUCUGCUUAUUGUAGGUUGACCCGUAUACUUUCAUGUUCCUAACUAUUCACACUAAAACAAACAAACAAAAAAAAAACAACUUUUUUUUCUUUUUAAGUUCACGUUUUUUGCAAUUUAGAAUUAUGCCAAAGGGAAAAUAUAUUUCUAUGUAAAUAGGAAAAAAAAACACCUUAGCCCUAAAUUAUUUUAGUGUGUUUGGCAUUGUAGGGGAAAUUUACAGGAGAAAUGUCUCUUAACAGAUAAGAGUAGCAUAUUUGUAAGAAAAUUAUCUUGAAAUACUGUUACAGGAACUAAAAUCUUAGAACUCCAAGGAAUUCUUGCAUCUUCUUUCAGGCAGGAAUUUACUCAAUAGCAACUUCAGCAAGUCAGCCAAUAAGAAACAACCAGAAAGCAAAUUCACCUCUUUACCUAGUGUCUUUCGUUAGAAAAUAUAAAACUUCUCUUAAAAUGUUAAUAGUAUCUACAAUCCUAUGUAAUUUUAAAUUAUCUAUUUUUCCCAAUACUAUUUUUUAGUUAAAAUUUAAAUUAUUUGCCUUAGAGUGUUUUGUUUUCCCGUUUUUAAGUCUCCACUCUCAAAAUCUAUUUAUUUUUGAGUAUGUAUACAUUCUACUUCAAUUGUUAGAUGAAACAUGGAAUUUGAGAACAAAAUCAGUCUUUUAUUCUCAUACUAAUUAAUUUUUUCAAAAUUUGUUUAUGUAAUGUAGUGGGGGG